AUGACGUCGUCUCUCCUCUCUGAUCUGAUGAACCUCAACCUCUCGGAAUCCGGCGAGAAGAUCAUCGCCGAAUACAUAUGGGUCGGUGGUUCUGGUUUGGACGUGAGAAGCAAAGCAAGGACUCUGCCUGGGCCUGUGUCAGACCCAUCAAAGCUACCCAAGUGGAACUACGACGGUUCGAGCACAAAACAAGCUCCAGGGAAGGACAGUGAAGUUGUGUUGUAUCCCCAGGCUAUUUUCAAGGACCCGUUCAGAAGAGGGAACAAUAUCCUGGUGAUAUGCGAUUGCUAUACACCAGCUGGAGAGCCGAUCCCUACCAAUAGAAGGGCUGCUGCUGCCAAGAUAUUCAAUAACCCUGCUGUUGCCGCCGAAGAGCCUUGGUAUGGAAUUGAGCAAGAGUACACUUUUCUUCAGAAGGAUAUAAACUGGCCCCUCGGAUGGCCCGUUGGUGGCUUCCCUGCUCCACAGGGGCCAUACUACUGUAGUGCUGGAGCAGACAAGGCCUUUGGGCGUGAUAUAGUCGAUGCUCACUACAAGGCAUGCAUCUAUGCUGGAAUCAAUAUCAGUGGCAUCAAUGCUGAGGUUAUGCCAGGCCAGUGGGAAUUUCAAGUUGGUCCUUGUGUCGGUAUUACUGCCGGUGAUCAAAUAUGGGCUGCUCGAUACAUCCUUGAGAGAAUCACAGAAAUGGCAGGAGUUGUUCUUUCCUUGGAUCCUAAACCAGUCAAGGGUGAGUGGAAUGGAGCUGGUGCUCACUGUAACUACAGUACCAAGUCGAUGAGAAAUGACGGUGGGUAUGAGAUAAUCAAGAAGGCAAUCGAAAAACUGAAACUGCGGCACAAGGAGCACAUUGCUGCUUAUGGAGAAGGCAACGAGAGGAGACUGACCGGUCGAUGUGAGACUGCUGACAUUCACACUUUCUCCUGGGGAGUAGCAAACAGGGGAGCCUCCGUUCGUGUUGGUCGUGAUACUGAGAAAGAAGGCAAAGGGUAUUUUGAGGACAGAAGACCAGCAUCAAACAUGGAUCCCUAUCUUGUGACAUCUAUGAUUGCGGAGACCACCAUUCUUGGCUAG